CAGUAAUCAUUCAGUUAUCUGGUUUGUUUUCUCUCGGAUUUAUCCCACAGCUGGAGAAAAUCUCUCAGUUUCUGAUCGUUUGUAAACGUACUUGGAUUACUUCUAGAAGUAAGGAUUGCAAUUGGCUCUCCUGGUCCUCACCACUCCCCCCGCAUGGAACCUGGGGCGGCGCGGGGGAUAGUCUUGGAGGGGAACGUGUGAAACAAAAUGACUUGCACCCGACCAAAUCCCAAAGCUCAUCACUGCCUCGCCUGAAAACUAGUUGCAGUUCCAGACGCGUGCUGCAGCUGUCCAAAAAGCAGCUUGGGCUACGUUUAUUAGUAUUCUACUCGUGCAUUCGCUUUCGCCACCACGCCACUAUGCUUGGGAAAUGGAAUUCACGACGCUGCAUGGAGCUGAAGACAGUGCGGAUCUUAUCCUGAGCAAAAACGUCCCCACCCCGGUGCUGUCAUGCAGGUUUGCAAUUACAGGAACAAAAGGAAUGCUUGUAAUGCGCAUCCCCAUAACAGCCGUUUUCUAUCCUCGUGCUUUGGCAUUUGUCAUUCUGGAUAAGGGGAUGGAUUGUUGAUGCGGGUGCCCAAUUGACCUGCGCUACAAUAGAUACAGAGAGAAACUUGUCAUGCGUGAAUCCCAAAACUUUUGGAUUUUCGACGCAGAGGACUUUCCAACUUGACUCGGGGGUGGGGACGUAGUUUCCACACGGGAUAGAUCUUGUCGUCGUCCUACGGCUGUCGUUUUGGGACGAGCGCACCGCUUGCGAGUUCUCGUAUGAGCACCACUGGGACCGAAAAUCGGAGAUCGAGCUGGUCGUCCCGCCGCUCUUUACCGGAUUCCGGAAAAGCCUUCUCUUUUACGACGGACGCGAUGGGACUCAGGUCAGUCCGUCGGUGGUGCCGUCAGACCACAAAUACGAACCCGAGGCUUCCACCACUAAAGCUUGUUCGAAGACGGACACGCUGCGGGAAGAGGAAGAACCAUCGCCGAGACCACGAACAUCCGACCGUAGACAAGGGAGCUCAACAUUGCGGGGAAAUCUGAUUGACGCCGAAGUAGGUUCGGCACUCCGACGGCGCGUCAGCUCGCAGGAGCGGUCGACUCUGGCCCGGGAAAGAGAAUCUCCCGCACGGCGAACAGCAAGCAGUCGUGACUACGCGGCCCGAAGCGAGUCGCAUCGAAAACAGCUGUGGCCGGUUCACGAACCCACCGGAUUUUCGCCGUCACGAAAGCGUCCGGCUCAUACUUCGAAUUCGUAUCACGAGCACAAGCAGCAUGCUCUGUUCGGAAAGCUACAAAAGGGAAGUGAGUGGCUUUUCGGAGCGAUUGCAGCUCUGAAAGAAUCUUCAGCUUAUCGCACGGAUUUGCAGACGGGCAGAUGCGUCGUCUUAUUGUGCAUGUACACGAUGUAGUUUUUGCAGCAUUUCCCUUUUUCUGGAAAAUGCCACGGGACCUCUCGCCCGCUGGCGCGGAGUGGUAGUGAGUUCAUUAUCUGCCCCCGCUUAUUUUCGUGCGCACGGAAUGCAAGCGAAUCACCCCCGUCACGGUCGGAGUGCCCGCUGGGGGCUCGCCGCGCCCCGCCCUCGGGCGAAAACAUCUGGUCGGCAGAUUUGCUGCCAGCUGUACUCGCUGGGUGCUAGUGGCUUGGCCGCGCGGGCUGGGACUUUCACCCGGUCGGCCUUUCGUUCCGCGCGCGCGACCGCGAUUUGUGAAAGCGUUUGGCCGCUCGCGCUGGGUGCGCGGAGCGUUGAUGGAUGGCCACGCGGCCGGGGCAUUCGUUCCACCCUUGCGGCCUCUCGGCCCUCGCACUACGCGGCCGGACGGAGUAGAUGCGCGGCGAACUGCUCGCAAGCACAUUGGCCGGGUCUCCUUGAAGUAGCAGCAGUCUCUAAAGAAAGUCACUCACGGCCUUCCGCUCCAUGCUGUAUCGACGCCGAGGCGCCCAUCGUGCAGGGUUAUGGAGCGGAAAUGGCGUCGCCCCACGACCACGUUGGGUUCCAUCACGUGAAUCGCCGCCUGAAUGAAGGCUCCGAGCAGGUGGCGGGCCGCACCUCGAGGAGAAGGAACGCAGGUGACUUGACCUUCGGGGAGGAGCAGGGGCGAGAGUACGUCCGUGAUUUCCUCGGAGCUCCGGGCGCUGGGCUUUCGAGCGAACCCAUAGCAAGGGACCUGCGACAAAGACUGAGUAGGGCGUCGUCCUCCGAAAUCGACGAACGUGAUGAAUCACCCGCCGGCUCCUACGCGCACGUCCGGAAGCCUGCUGCUCUUUUCGGUAGUUUGAUGCUCAGGUCGAUUUAUUUCUCAAAAAACUUGAUUGGAUUCUGUUUUUCGUGCGUUCGAUCGGCACAAGGAGUUAAAGACUCGAUGCCGCUAGUUUCCAUCAAGUAUGUACGAAGAAAUGGAUUUGGCGAGUAGGUACGUCUACGUGGUCGGCGAAGUUGUUUGCGAGCGCCCCUUGCCAGUGCAGGAUUGUAAACCUGAGUCCACAAAAAUUUCACGUCGCAGGCCCUGCGCAGACGCCUUCUCCAAGGCGGCCGGAAUGUGUCACCAAAAACGCCGACGAGGACACCGACGGAAGAACGCCGAAGCGCGUGCCGUUUCGGCAGGGAAGCGAGAGCAGCUGGAACCUUGCGCCAGCAUUUAUCUUCCUGAGGCCUUGGCGAGUUUUUCUGCAGACCGCACCCAGGCGGGCUUUGCAGUUGAUUUCUGCCCGCCUGCUGCCGUCCUCCGAUUUGGCAGCGGCUUCAGCGCAGCCGAGCACGAUAGUAGAGUAUCAGGACCACUUUUCUUUCCUUCCAGUCGGGCAGUCCAGUCACGUGCUGGAAUUUCCGGGCAGCGAAAGCCUACCCGCGCUGUUGGUGCUGCUCCGCGUUCGGCGAACCGAGGUCCUACAGCGCCCCCGGCUCGUUCCCGUACCCCUUCCUCCGGCGACGCUGAGAAAGCUCGACGACCUCCGCGCUUUCGACUUGGAGUUGCGAUUUUUCUGCCAGCAGAAGUUGCGCCCGUUUUGCGAGAGGGAACAUCUCUUCACAGCGCUAGCUUUUCACAGUUCUACUUCUCAACUGCUAGGGCAACCAGGCACGACCGGGUUGACGGCGGCACGAAGCAAGAUGAGCAUCCUCAGCAGCCCGCGGACAUAUUCCACGCCGCCCAGGUCAAAAGACACAUCUCUGCCCCCGCCCCUGGAGCACGAGCAACGUGCGUGGCCGGGCGCAGGGCCACAACGAGCCACGCCCCCGAUAGCGUACACGCGCCGCCUGCAGUCAUCGUCUACGACUCCGGUAGUUGCCCGAACAUCUGCGCACCACCCGGGAUCGCUAUUCAAACCGAGUGGCAAGUCUUCGCAGUCCUUCUUGCUUGAACCCAGUCCGACGCCCUUCCGUGGCUCGCACCAUGGCGGGGCACCAGUGCUGCCGCGGACGAUUAGCAACCGCUCGAUUGUCUCCGAUGCGACCACCAGUCUCGUAGGUGCCACGCCGGGGAGUUCCUUUCGUCGCGGCACGCCACUAGUGUCGCACUCCACGACCCCGACUCGGGACGGGAACAACCCGAGCGGUGCGCACCCGUUCUCUGUAAGUGGUGCGUCCUCUGUGUGGUUGGGGAUACAACAAGCGUCCACCUCGGAUCAUGCCUUGGGCUCGACGUCGUACUCCGUGAGCAUGCUGUCGUUGGAGCACUGCAUCGCAGACACUCGACUUGCCAGUUGGGUUUCGACAGGCAGCCACGCGACGAGACUGGGAUGCAUCCCAGCUAAGCGUCUGCCAUGCGUCUGGUUGUGCGACCCCUCGGGGGAACUGCUACGGACGCGGUACGCGCUCGCUGGAGGAAGUGCCACGAGUGAAGCAUUACACACAUUGCCGAUGAAAGCAGCAAACGCACAAGGCCGAGCUCCUAUUUCGCAGGGUACUACUUAUUUUAUUUUUAAUUUUUUGUUCUUCUAGUACGUGCAGGUACGGGCGUGUGCGGUGCUUCGUGGUUGGGUGAAAAUGUCCGGCGUGUUAAUGUUGAAAUCCUGUAAAUGGAUUUUGCAAUGAUUUACUCUAUACAAAAGGUACCCUAUUCCUUUACGCGGGCGGCAUGGCGUCGAUCCGCAUUUCGCUACUCUGUAUUUGUUGUUGUACCGCAUUGCACGCACUCGAAAUUUUUUCCUGGAUGCAGGAGCUUUGGAUUAUGUUCUUUAUGCUCAUGCUCCGGCUAGCCCCCGAGAUGCUCUGGAGGCCCGUGAGCGUUUUGUCGCGCCCUGCUGCGGCAGCGAAACUACCGACGGCAGGACGCGGACUCCGAGGUUCGUGGCAGCGCCUUCCUACAGUGUACAUCUCGUUUUUCUGCGUCGGGCUGCUACUCGCGUCCGCGGACAUUCUUCAACGAGUGAUGCGUCUAGGCGACCCUGCGCCCGGCCCGCGGGCGCUCGAGAACAUGGGCAAGCCAACGCGAAACUUUGUGGACGACCACAACGAAAAUGUCGCGCGUGUCAUGUCGGCGAUCAAGCCAGCACGCGUUGGAGCAAGACGACCCACCUCGGCGCACGAUGUCGCGCAUGAGCAGCUACACCUCACCGACGCACUGCGACGGGAUCGCGGCGGGCCGUCUCGGCACGAUUAUGCUGCUAGCAAUCGUGCAGCGUCAUUCGGGAAGUGGCAGGUGAAUCCAGGCGGCUCUAGUUCCAGCAAAGCCCACGGGAAGGCGCUGCCCCGACUGGGCGGCACAAUCGCAGAAAGGACUGCGGAAGCUCGCCCUCAUGCAGCGGACAGCAAUGAGCAUCAGGGAGAACAACAGUCGAGUGCGCACGGCGUACCUGCUUCGGCGGUCACUGGAAAUUCUAUAUCUUCGACGGAAGGUUAUACGCCUACCUCCGAUGAUCAUGACGACCUCUUUGCUGAUCGUGCGCCGGAUAGGAUGCACGAGACGCGCGGCAUGACUCAUCCGGAGAAGCCACGGGCGUCUCCCGAGUCGGCGGAUGCUGGUCGUGGGGUCACAUACCCCCCCGGUUCAGGAAAACGCCAGAGAGAAGUAGAGCCAUCAGCCGGAGCCGAAGGGCUGAGGGAGCACGAGGAGCAGAGCGCAUACGAAGACCUGCCGCGCGAGGGCGGGGCUGCCCGUCGGGGUGCGACUCCGCAGCACGCGCGGGCGGUCCCGGGGGCACACAGGAUCGUGAGCCGCGGCAGCGAACGGGUCGAAGGAAACCCGUUGCUGCUGCUCGGGGUGUCACUAGCGGUCGGCUACGCAGUCCACAGGGGUUGGCUUUUUCGCGACGACUCAGAGGAGCAAGACUAGCGCUCUAACGCUUUCUGCGAAUUUGCACCCUCGCAAGUAUUAAUCGCUAGUAUUUUGCAAAGUGUGCCGUACCUUCUUUCGAGGUGAAAAAAUAGUUCAAGGCGAU